CGAUUUGCAGAUGUUUCCUCUCCGACUAACCCCUCACUCAUGCCCUCCAUAUAGCACAAGCUUCCAUUCAGCCGCCGGACGACAGGGACGCCCUAUAUAAACUCAUGUAACUACCACCAGUCGCCAGUAACAGCCAGGUUUACGAAUGACCAGUACACAAUGGCGAUCGAGAAGGUUAUGAUCAUUGGUAACUGGGAGCUAUGUGUGAGCAUCAUGAACGCUCUCUUGCCCUCUGAUGGCAGGCAAGUGCACCCGGAUCUACAACUAUCAGUCCUCACGAACCCCUCUCAAUGGCUGCGUUUGCCGCCCCAUUUGACCACCGAAAUCGUCAAACAUCACAAGUCCAACUUUUCAGCUGCGUCCCUUGUGUCUGCCUUUGCUGGGCAAGACUUGGUCAUCAGCACCACUUCCGGGGGAGAUUCAGAGCAGCAAAUCAGCAUCAUAGACGCAGCUAUUGCAGCAGGCGUGCAUCACUUUAUGCCUCACGAGUUUGGCCACGAUACGCUCAACAAGGGGAUAUCAGAUCGAGUCCUCAAGUCUGCCGGGCGCGUGAAAGUCAUUGAGCAUCUGCGAGCGGCUUCUAAGGGAUCUUCACGCUUUGACUGGGUCGGUGUUGCAACGGGAUAUACAUUGGACACAGGGCUCAUUAGCGGCAAUCUGGGCAUCGACAUGGAAUGGCACAGUGCGACGAUCCACGGAAUUGGCACAGAAGUGUUUGCUGCCUCGAGUCUACUGCGAGUUGGACAAGUUGUUGCGAGUGUGAUUGCCCAUUGGGAAGAAGUCAAGAACCAGUACAUCUACGCAGCGGGUAUGCUGACUUCUGCCAAUGAGAUUCUGCGAAGCGCCGAGAAGACAACCCGACGAGAGUUUACCGUCGGCAAUUACGACGUUGAAGACUGCAUCAAGGAAGGUCAGGCGCGCAUUGAACGAGGCUAUCCAGACUCCGGCAUGUUCCUACUAGAGCGCAGCAUUCUAUAUGAUGAGCAGCUGGGCGCUGCCGAGCCGUUCGAAUCGAGCAGUAGCAACGAGCUUCUGCAGCUUGCAUCUGAGUCAGUUGAGACGACAGUCGCGAAAGCCUACCAUGACCUGAAGCAUCACGGCAGGCCUGGCUGUGGAUGCUCACCGUGAACACCUAUGGGAUGCAGCUUGGGAGUCCACUGCAAUCAAGAGCCCCACU